CGACCGCCAUGGCCGCCCCCAGACACCUGCCGCUGCCUCUGCUGCUGCCGCUGCUCGCCGCCAUCUGCACAGCGGCGCCCAACGCCCAGUCCGGCGCGUACGUGGUGCAGCUGCGGUACGUCGACUCCUGCGGGGACGCCGGCUCGCUGGUCGACUUCGACCUCGACGUGGAGGAGAGCGACGGCCGGUCCAUCCUCGCGGGAACCUUCACUGUGAGCGAGCGCCUCGAGGACAUCACCGGCACCAUCAACUGCAGCAUCCGCGGCGACGCGGGCUGGCGGGAGAACGCGGUGAACUACCGGAUCCGCGACUGGUGCCAGGAGGGCGUCAUCCGCCGCAUCCUGGCCGCCACCAACCUCACGCUGGAGGAGAAGUGCGCCGUGCCGGCCGGCACGUACGCGGUGCUGGGGCUGGACCUGGACGAGCCGGUGCACGCGGCGGCCGGCGACUCGGCGCCGCUGGGCCUGUACCGCGCGCGCCUCGCCCUGGAGGCCGGCCAGGGGGCGGCGCUGUGCUCCGCCGCCGAGCUCGAGUUCGCUUCGCCGGACGACUAG